CACCUCUCUCCCACCUUGUGCUCCCGAGGCUUGCUGGCGUCGUCCCCGUUGUUCAUGCACGGCGGCGGUCAAUGGCUACGAUACAGAACAGGCCGUUUUCGAAGGACUACAGCGGUCUCAUCAACCAGUCCGUGGUCGCGGGAGUGAUAUUCCUCAUAACCAUCAGCGCACAUGAGUUUAUGAAAAGGAAGCGGCGCGGCAAAGUGCCCACUGGCGAAGGCUUGGGCAGCGUAGAGUCUUGGGAGUUUGGAUACCUAUACCAGGGCAGGUCAUGGGCCAAGCGCCCUUCCCCACCUCAUCCCCGCGGAUGGCCUCUAGGAUGGAUCAAGCCCGUCCUCAAGUUCCCCGAGGACCGUAUGAACAAGCUUCGCGGCGUGGAUGCUACACUUUACACACGCUUCCUACGCGGUUGCUUCUGGUUCGCCCUCUUGCAGACUCUGACGACUUUGCCCAUCUUGUUCCCCAUUCAUGUUACCUUCUCCGACGGAUCAGUCUCGCCGAAGUCCAUGACCCGCGCUUCCAUAUCCUCGCUGGUAUCUACGGAAAAGGGCCUCUCUUUGCUAUGGGUUCACAUCAUCCUCAUGUUCUGGAUCACGUUCACCUGGUUCGGCACCUUGUUCUGGAUCUGUCGUGGGGCUUUCCGCUUCCGCGCGCAGAAUAUCCUCGCCGCUGCGAACCAAGCCGCCUCGGAAACCUCUGCCAAGGAACGUGCUCAAUACGACCCGCACCCCCAUCCUCAGUAUCCCUUCCACUCGCUAGCGCCUCUGGACGAAGACCACAGCACGCGGGGUUUACGCUUGCGGACCGUUAUGGUGACCAACAUUCCACAUGGGCUGAGGACAGAGAAGGACCUCAAGGAGUACUUUGAAUAUUAUCUGUCGCGUGGCGUGGCACGGCCGGCGAUAGGUAUCACCUCCUCCACUCAACCCGGCUUCCUCAACAAGAUCUUCGUUUACUUGUUCAACCGGGCUCGCCGGCUACCUUCUCAAGUCCACAAAGUACGAACGUCCGACCAAAGUGGUGCUCCGCUAGACACAGCGCGCUCUUCUUCGUCGCAUGAAGCCAGCUCCGAAGGCCACGACGUCCCAGCGAUCGACCGCGUUAUGAUCGUCCGGAAGAUGAACGAUCUUGCCUCGCUCCUGGAGCGGAGGGAGGAGAUUCUUCGCCUCCUGGAAACCGCGCAUAUCAAGCUUGCGCGCAAGGCACUAGCCAGCGUAGAGCUUGCUCUGUCCAACAAGCAAGACGUCGGUGUCCUACGGAAGGCUGCCCGGCGCAUGUCUGUUGCGGCCAAGAGGAUGUCUGUUGCAGGCGGGCUGGACGUGGAAGCAGUGGCUCAAAGCGAAGAGGACGCACCUGAGGGCGAAGACAGAACCGAGCUGCUCGUGCGCACUCUCAAGCCGUUUCUUCCCGCGCCUGGCGCCGGCGUUGUCUCCAACGCUAGCGUUACGUCCGGGUGGCGAACAUUUCGAGCGCGGAAGUGCCCUGACCUCGAGUCUACCCACCCUCCCAGUCCCGAGAAGUCCAAGUCCUCAGAUGAAAAGACCGUUUGGGACGCCUUGCUUAGCCUUCCGCGGAGCACGCUUGAUGCAUACCAACCCCUCAUCCAUCUGUCCUCUAUCUUUCGCGGCAAGACGGUUCCGGCGAUCGACUAUUACACGGCGAAGCUGCAGAUCGUGACGAACAUGAUCAUCGAGAAGCGGUCGAUGGCGCUGUCAGACUUCGAAGCGAUGCCGACUGCCUUUGUCACUUUCGUCGACCCGGCGGACGCACGGCGGGCGUGUAAGUACCUCGCAGUACACCCGGAGAACCCACUGCAAUGUCUCGUCGUUAUGGCGCCUUCGUUUGAAGACUUGGACUGGAAGAGGCUUAUGAAACCUACGUUCAGGGCAGAGUUCGUCAAGGAUUGGGUGGUGGAGCUGGGCGUGUGGGCAUUCACGCUGUUCUGGGUCUUCCCCGUGACGAUUUUCGUCGGUCUCGUCAACAUUCAGAACCUCAGUACCUUCGUCCCCGGACUGAUGGACUAUCUCCAGAAACACCAAUGGGAAGAAGAAUUGUUGCAAUCCUUCCUGCCCACACUUCUCGUCGCUCUUCUUUCGCUGUUGAUACCUCUGAUACUUCUCCUCAUCGCGAAACGGGCCCAUACCAUCGCAACCUUGUCCUCUCUGCACGACCGCAUCAUGACACGAUACUACAAAUUCCUCGUGGUGAACGUUCUCGUAUUUUUCUGCGUCGGUACGGUUGCCCUGCAAUCGUUCUUGGUAUCCUUCGAAAACGCGACCGCCCCGAAAGUGGCCGAGGUCAUCUCGCAGAGCUUCCCGGUCGCCGGACCCUUUUAUGUUGGAUGGUUUAUCUUCACGAUGGCUAUCCACGGCGGUUUAGAAAUUGCACUUUUUGGACUGCCUCUCAUCAUGUAUCCAACGACAAGGCGCCAAGUAACGCCACGCAAACGGGCGAUGGGUAUUCGACCCCGCACUUAUAAUUAUUACUACUGGCUCCCGAAUCACGUUCUCGUCAUCCAUAUCUUGCUCGUCUUCGCUGUCCUCAAUCCGCUCGUCAUCCCGUUCGCAUUUAUAUAUUUCUGUGUGGAAGCUACUCUCGUCAAAAAUCAGCUACUCCACGUUUAUGCGAAGAACUAUGAGGGCAAUGGCCAAACUUUGCUUAUCCGUAUGGUCCGCUAUUCUCUGGACGGUUUGAUGCUCUCACAGGUCGUCUUCCUCGCGUACAUGGUCGUAAAUAAGAAGACCGUCAACGUUGGCUUGUCGGGCGUGCUCAUUAUCUUCACCGCCGCCUACAAGAUGUUCCUCACUCGCCUCUGCCGUGCGCGGUUCGAGCGUGAUGACAUUUUGGAGGCCCAGGUUGUCUGCGGCACAGGCAACGCGACGGAGGAUCUGAUCGACGAGGCACAGCCGUGUGACGAAGCGCUCCAGAGCGAGAUCAGGAAGCUAGAGGACACUCGCGUAGAUGUCUGGUCCUGGAAGUUCCCCUUGAAGUUAAGUUUCCCGUACGCGACGAUUGCGAGUCGGCCAAAGCGGACACAGCGGCGCGGGGCGAAUCCGUUUGGGCCCGCGCGCAGGACGGACUCCAUGCAGCCGCUGAAUCCGACUUCGCCGCGCAGUGCCAAUGAACCCGACUCCUCUCCUCCUGGUCUUCCACUGCCGCUCUGGAGAGAGACCAGCGCCGACGACGAAGUCCGGCCUGUCGCCCCCGAGGAGCCUCCUGCCAGUACCGCUGUUGUCUCCCGACACCCACCUCAUCCCGCCUGGGAGGACGAGUCGUCUACCAGCCAUACCUACGCAAACCCGUACUUCACACGGGACAUCGACAACGUCCUCUGGCUUCCCCGAGAUCCGCUCGGCAUCCUCAACCUCGACGACACCGUGAACAUGCGCAUGUCGCUCACGACCCAACCUGGGGCUGGACGGCUCGGCGCCUGGAGGGAAGAGGACUACAUCGAGACCGACUUGUCUAUCGCCUUCGCUACGAGCUUCGGCAGCGUUGAAGAAGAAGAGUCUCUUCACCCGAGCUACUUCAGGCGCGUGGAUGGAACAGAGGACAUCCAGCUGCCCCCCGCAAUCGCCUCCCGGGUCGAGUCUAUUGACAAGGAGGAGAUCGAGAUCGCGCCGAUGCCCCGACGUCAGUCAAAACGCCGAAAAUCAAACCACAGCGCGCCGGGCUUGCACCUCGGUAUCCAGCGACCAAGUACGUUCGACGUCACGUCGUCUUCGGCAUUCCGGUCCAUGUCUAUUGGGUCGGAGUCAGACUCUCGGAGUCGCCCUCCAGCUGCCUCGCUCUUCCGGCCGUCGGAGUCACGUCGCCGAAACCGCGCCGCAUCUAUGGAUUACGAGCUCGGGAUGCGAAGUAGCAGCCCCCCACGGGGCAGCCGCGUCUCCCGAUCCAUGCUUUCUGUGGUUGACCCGCCCCCGAUGCUGCCACAUUACUCCAGCCACAGCUCGGGUUCGAAGGUCAUCUCCGUGCAGGAGGCGGUCUACAGCGUGGCCAUCGCCGAGGAAGAGGACGCAGCAGAGGACGUCAAGGAGCGCGAGGAGGAAGAAGCCGAGCAGGUGCAGCAGCCGAAGUCCUGGCUGACGUCCUGGAUGUUUGCGAGGCCGACAUGAUCACGACCGCGACGACCUGUAUGAUGCGGCUGCGCGCUAGAGAUUCACGACGAACUCCCGCGCAUGCGCGCACGCCUAACUUAUCCCUUCAGUUGACCCACGUUUUCACGAUUCUUGUGCUCUAUAGGGCGGCGGCGACGCGUCCAUACCCCGGAAGACAUAACCUCUGUACCAGUUUAAUCACUUCGAUAUAUCCAUGAUUCUGCCGAACGCGCCCCCGUGGACUGAGUUGCGCGACACUGCGCUGUCGCGCAUCGUUUCAUGCACACUUGGCGGCCGUGAUCAUGCGGCUCAUUUUCUCC